AUGAAGCAGUUCUUCGCCCUGUGGGGCACCUUCCUGCCCAUGUGCACCCUCUUCUUCUUCAUGGCCUUCAUCAACACCAUCAUGGACAGCCUGAAGGACACCUUUGUCAUCACGGCUGUGGGCGGCGGGGCGCAGGUCAUACCCUAUCUCACAGUGUACGCCGUGUUCCCCGUCUCCCUGCUGUUCGUGCUGGCGUACACCUACGCCUCACAGCACUUCGACCGAUCCAAGCUGUUCAACUGGAUCGUCGUCAUGUUCGGGGUAUUCAACCUGUCGUUUGCACUGUUCCUGUACCCCAAUCAUCGGAGCCUGCACCUGUACGGGCUGGGGGAGAUGAUGGCACAGAACUUGCCCGUUGGAUUGGACGGCUUGAUUGGCAUGCUUCAGAACUGGACUUUCACCCUGUUUUACUGCAUGUCAGAGCUGUGGGGCGAUGUGGGCCUGAGCCUCCUGUUCUGGGGAUUCGCCAAUGAAAUCACAAAGAUGGAGAAUGCGCCGCUGCUCUACCCCCUUUUCGGAAUAGGGGCCAACCUGGCACAGACGCUUGCCGGACUUGUGCUCAAGUUCUUUUCGGGCUUGGGAAGUGGGGAGGCCGCCUUUGCAACCUCCCUCGCAAAGCUCAUGUGGAUGGUGAUGCUGUGCAAAGGCAUCGUCAUCGUGCUGCACUUUUGGAUUGAAAGGAACUCCACAGAUCUUAGGAAGCAAGAGAAGCAGCAGCGGCAGAUUGCUGCGGCUGAAAGGCCGUCCCAUGGUCCGUUGCUUCCUGGUGACAGGACGGAAAGCAGGCAGCGAAUGCGCAGUGACAAAAUGGAUGCUGCAAUGCCUAAUCUGGGGAAUGGCCACUCCAGCAGUCAAUCUGAUCGAAGCCAGUUGCACCCAGCCAGCAGUGCCUUAGACGAAGGAGGCGGCCAUGAUGACAGGGUUGGGGACACGGUCCACAUGGAGGCCUCAACCAGCUCAGAGAUUGAGGGAACCAACGGGUCUGGUACCCCAGCUGAGGACACCCCACGCAGCAUCAAGGAGGUGCUGAAGAUAUUGGGACAAAGCCCCCACAUUCGUGCCCUGGCUGUGAUGAUGGUCGCCCAGAGCUUUGCAGUGAACGUGAUGGAGUUCGUGUGGAAGUCGCAUGUGGGGUUGGUGUACCCCACCCCGGCUGCCUUCACUGGAUUCAUGGGUGAUGUGGCCACUGCCACUGGAAUCGUAACGGGCUCCUUGAUGUUCCUCUCCCCAAUAAUGUUCGAGAGGCUAGGUUGGACAGGCGUUGCGGGCGUGACCCCCAAAGUGCUUUCCUAUGGAGGUGGUGCCUUCUUUUUGUCGUGUUUUGCAUACCACGCAUUUACAAGGAUGGGUGCGUUGGCUUGGGGAACAGCGGUACUGCCAGCUGUGGCAUUCGGUGGGGCCGCACUCUUUGUGCUGGCGAGGGGCGCCAAGUUUUCGCUGUUCAAGCCGGCAGAGGAGAUGGUGUAUAUAUGUCUGGAUGAGGACAGCAGGACAAAGGGGAAGGCCGCCGUGGACGUCGUGGGUGCGCAGUUCGGGAAGUCUGCAGGCAGCAUUUCACAGCAGGUGCUCUUGCUAUUGAGCAGUGGUGCGCUAUUUGGCAUCAUCCCUGUGAUCUUUGGCAUGUACAUGCUGACGCUUCGGGAGUGGAACAAGGCCGUGGACGACCUCUCUGCCUUUCAGGCAGUUGAGGACCCAGAGUCGCCAGCGCCAGGCGAUGGGCCUCAGGGGUCCACCAAUGGUAACGGCGCCCAUCGGGGCAAGAGGGACAUCGAUCCCAACGCCCCGCCCGCUCUGGCAGGCUCCAUAUCGUGA